AUGAAUUUAAAUUCAGUUAAACAUGUUUGUAUUUAUGGACAACAAGCAAAUAAUAAUUGUGUUAAUUAUUUUUCAAAUGCUACUGAAUUAACUAUUAGACAUUAUUUCAAAAAAUCAGAGAAUUCGAUUUCAACAACUCUUAAUUGUAUGAUUCCUUUAACACAACUUACUAAAUUAGUUAUUGAAUCUUAUGGAUUUCCUUUGAAAGAAAUAGUGAAAUUAUUAUGUUUUACAUCUAGUUUAUAUAUAUUAAAAUUGAAUUUUUUAUCUCUGAAUGCAAAUAAUUCAAAAUUUAUCGAACAAAAUGAAUCUUUUCAAUAUGUAUCAAAUCAAAAUAAAAUAAAAAAAUCUUCAUCUUCGUGA